GGUCGUCGUAAAAUCACAGCUUGUUCAGCAUCGCCACAACAACACUGUUUUGCAGAAAAGGGGAUUUUGACGUCUGAUUUGGAACACAUUAACAGGUACGCUGGAAUUUUCGGACACCCACUCGGACAUGUCCUAUGUCUUCAUCAAUGACUCGUCGCAGACCUCCGUUCCCCUGCUCCAGGCCUGCAUCGACGGGGACCUGCUUUUCGGCAAGCGGCUCCUGGAGACGGGCUGUGACCCCAACAUACGGGACAACCGGGGCCGUACUGGCCUGCACCUAGCGGCCGCCAGGGGGAACGUGGACAUCUGUUGUUUUCUCCAUAAGUUUGGUGCGGACCUCCUGGCUACAGACUACCAGGGAAACACGGCGCUCCACCUCUGUGGACACGUGGAUACCAUCCAGUUCCUGGUGUCCAACGGUCUCAAGAUAGACAUCUGUAACCACAACGGGUACACUCCUCUGGUGCUGGCCAAGAGGCGCGGGGUGAACAAGGACGCUAUCCGCCUGCUGGAGGGCCUAGAGGAACAGGAGCUGAAAGGAUUCAACAGGGGAGCCCACUCCAAACUGGAGACCAUGCAGAUUGCUGAGAGUGAGAGUGCAAUGGAGAGCCACUCCCUGCUGAACCCUGACCUCCAGAACAGGGAGGGAGUCCUGUCCAGCUUCAGGACCACCUGGCAGGAGUUUGUUGAGGACCUGGGCUUCUGGAGGGUGCUGCUACUGCUGGUGGUCAUCGCCUUGCUCUCUCUGGGCAUCGCUUACUACGUCAGCGGGGUGCUGCCCUUCUCCGCCAGCCAGCUGGAGCUGAUACACUGAGGGAGGGGUGGAUGGACAGAGGCUGAAAGUUGGCUUGGGCUACAUUCUGGUUAUCCACCCUUGUCCAGAAGUGUGCACUUGCAUAGUCCCCCUUUUUAUGGAUUUAAAACCAUAGGAGUGGUGUAAGCGUUGGCUGGAUUCAACUUUUUUGAAAUCCUUAUGAGAAAGUGUGCAAGUGCACACUUCGGGAGAAGGGCGGAGAAUCUGGACUCAGCCAUGGAUGCAGCUGCAGUCUUCAUUUCCUGCACUUAUGUAUGUGUGUUAUAUGUUAUUUGCUUUGAACAUUUUCUCACUAUGGCCAGUUGUGCAUGAGAAUGCACAUCAUUUCAUGUGUCAUUCAUUCGUAUGACUAAAUAGACCAAAUAUCGACCAGUGACCAUCUUCUUUCUGGAAUACUGACAGCUUUUAAAGCAUAACCGUCAAAAAAAGAAAAUAUUCAGUACCAGUCAAAAGUUUGGAAACACCUUUUUAUUCAAGAGUUUAUAUAUAUAUUUUUAUUCAAGAUUGUGAAAAGCUGUCAAG